CAGGCUGCGCUCGCAGCCAAUGGCGAUGCGGCGCUCUGGAGCCGCUGCCGGCACCGCGCUGCUAUAAAAGCGCUGCCGCGAGCGGGGUGCUGGUACUGAGUGUUUUGUUUCUGGUGUGUGGGUCUUGUGUGUGCUACGAUGCCUGAGCCGGCCAAGUCCGCCCCAGCGCCCAAGAAGGGCUCCAAGAAAGCCGUCACCAAGACCCAGAAGAAGGGCGACAAGAAGCGCAAGAAGAGCCGCAAGGAGAGCUACUCCAUCUACGUGUACAAGGUGCUGAAGCAGGUGCACCCCGACACCGGCAUCUCGUCCAAGGCCAUGGGCAUCAUGAACUCCUUCGUCAACGACAUCUUCGAGCGCAUCGCCGGCGAGGCCUCGCGCCUGGCGCACUACAACAAGCGCUCCACCAUCACGUCGCGGGAGAUCCAGACGGCCGUGCGGCUGCUGCUGCCCGGCGAGCUGGCCAAGCACGCCGUGUCCGAGGGCACCAAGGCUGUCACCAAGUACACCAGCUCCAAGUAAAACUGUAAAAACAAAAAAGUAACUUAACCCAAAGGCU